UGCCAAUCCGUAUAUGACAGUGUCAGGGUGUUUAUUCGAAUAAGUUGCUUCCGUAUUUUUGAUAUGUUCAAAUAUCACCGUAACGCACUUUUUAUGCUCCAAGCUUAUUCAAUAAACAAGUCCUAAUACAUCGUCUCACAUUGUUAUGUACAUUUCGCCACAUCCUAUCACCGUGCGGGAAAUUUAAGUUAGUGUGCAGCUCGCUGGGCAGCACGCUGGAAAUUUUCAAAAAAAUAGAUAAAACCAUAAAAAAAGUAUAAAAACAUAGAAAACCACAAAAAUAUGGCUGUUAGUGCAGCUAGUCAAGGGUUGAUGAAUUCAUCUCUUUAUGUCGGGGAUCUACACCCAAGAGUUUCUGAUUCGGCGUUGCAAGCAAAAUUUUCUGAAAUCGGUCCAGUCCUUAGUGCUCGUGUGUGCCGGGACCUAGCCACUCGUCAUUCUCUCGGGUAUGGAUAUGUUAAUUUCGAAGAUCCAAAGCAUGCUGAACAAGCGCUGGAAGUCUUAAAUUAUGAAUCACUAAUGGGAAGGCCUAUCAGAAUUAUGUGGUCACAGAGAGACCCAUCUUUAAGAAAAUCUGGAAAAGGAAAUAUAUUUAUCAAAAACCUGGAUAAAUCCAUCGAACAGAAGGAACUGUAUGACACUUUUAGCUUUUUCGGUCGGAUCUUAUCGUGCAAAAUUGUUAUGGAUGAAAAUGGACAGUCUAAAGGGUAUGGUUUCGUACAUUUCGAAAAAGAGGAAUGUGCCGAACGUGCCAUUGAAAAGAUUAACAAUAUGAUCAUUCGAGACCGUGUUGUUUAUGUUGGCAAAUUUAUUCCCAAGACAGAACGCAAGUCUCAAGCUCGAAAAGUCAAAUUCAACAACCUUUACAUCAAAAACUUCCCACCAGAAACAGAUAACGAGAAGCUAAAAGAAAUGUUUUCUGAGUUUGGAGAAAUCAAAAGUGCUUGCGUCAUGAAAGAUAGCGAAGGGAAAUCAAAGGGUUUCGGUUUUGUGUGUUUCUUAGACCCCGACCACGCCGAAAAUGCGGUCAAAACUAUGCAUGGUAAAGAGGUAGAGGGAAGAGCUCUGUACUGUGCUCGAGCGCAACGCAAAGAAGAACGACAAGAGGAGCUAAAACAGAGACUUGAAAAACAGCGGGCCGAACGUCAGUCCAGCUAUAUGUUGAACGUCAAUUUGUAUGUCAAGAACUUGGAUGAUAAUAUUGAUGAUAAACGACUAGAGGAGGCUUUUAGUGUUCAUGGUUCUAUCACUAGUGCCAAGGUCAUGAAGGAUGCGAAUAAUCGGUCUAAGGGUUUUGGAUUCGUUUGUUUUGCGAACCCUGAACAAGCGGCCCGAGCAGUAACUGAUAUGAACGGGACAAUCAUAGGUUCAAAGCCCCUAUAUGUCGCACUAGCUCAGAGAAAAGAAGAUCGUCGGGCAAAGUUAAUUGAAGAACAUCAACAGCGAUUGGCUCAGUACCGGAAUCCGGUCGCCUCAAUGAUCCCAGCAGUUCCUGGCCACGCAGCACCGCAUAGCUACUUUCCCCCUGCAUUUCAGCAGGCUCAACGGUUUUAUCACCCUUCGGGUGCUGUCCUUAGUUCACAGCCUCGUUGGAAUCGAGCGGCCGGAAUACCUGCACAAAUCGGUGGCCUUCCAAACAGACCACCCGUCGCUGGUUAUUAUGCUGGUGCGCCCAAUCCAGCUGCUAUUACAGCUAACCAAAUGGCUUCUUUCGCUCAAUUCCGCACACCAGGUGUUAACAGACCCAUGGUACCCAACGGCAUGUCAUCUAUCCCCUCAACUCACUUACAAACUGCAGCUGUUUUUAACCAGACUGCCAAUCAACAGAGACAACAAGCAUCUGGGAGACAGGGUGUGGUCGUUCCUCAAGUGCUCGGGGCUACGGCUGGUGGUUUGAGUCAACGUCCAACUGCAGCCUCAGUGGUUGCGGGUCCACCAUCUGCUAAUCCUGCCAUGCGAGUAGCCUCGCAAGUUCCAAGAGCCGUGAUGCAUUCUGGUAUGUCGAACAUAACAAGUACUGCAACAAAUGUUAGGUUCCAUCAAACAGCUCGCAAUGUCUCAGCUCAACCUACGCUUGUCCCAGCUGGAAGUAUGUCUACACUCUUACAACCUCUUGGCGAUCAGGGGCAACUAACAAUAAGCGCAUUGGCUCAACUGUCAGAAGAGGAUCAGAAAAGAACGCUCGGGGAACAUCUUUAUCCACGUAUCAAGGCAAUGUAUCCCAACUUAGCCAACAAGCUUACGGGAAUGCUUUUAGGAGUGGAUAACGCAGAGGUUAUAAAUCUUUUAGAAUCUGAAGACUUGCUACGCGCCAAGUGUGAAGAAGGCAUCAAUGUACUGAGAAGCAGCCAAAAUCAACAAGGUGACAUUGCAGAAGGUAGACAUACUUCUACAGGCCAGAAUGGUGAUGGCUCAACUGGAGCAGGGUCUAUGAAACCUGAAGAUUCCAAUAACUAAGUCGAGGGUAUCUUCCAAGCAACAUUAUUUAACUUUAUCGUCUGACUGUCCUAUUAAUUUCAUUUCAACUGUUAAUUAGGGUGAUUAGUCCCAAAAAAUGUUUUAUUAGUUUGAGGUUUCUCGCUAUUAUACAUGGUAAUCAACAGUUCUUUAUGUUUGAUGAAUCUACUACACUUGUUUGUUUUCGACUCUUCUUUCUUUCUGAACCGGAUGUUAAUUGACUUUCAUGUUAUUGUUUUUUUACUAAGUUUAUUUGAUGUUGAAUUACAGUUUUGGAUAAUAAA